AUGAGAAUAUCUGAACCGAGGCGAAUCGGAGACAUAAAAUUCGUGUCAGACUGGGCAGCCUCUUUGCUCGAGGGCUACUCGGAUCGAUCGCACAUGCUUGAAAUCCGUACAGGUCGUGUCCGAAUUGGCCGCGGGAUGCGCGAGCGAAUUGCAUGGGCGCAAGACAUUGCCAGUACUUUGGACGACAACUUCUGGCCUCAGUCCAGUGUAUGUGUGUCCCCCCUUAAGGGUGCACAAACUGGCCGAUACAAUGGCCUAAGCCCACUGUCAGUACACGAGAACAAGAACAUAUGA